AGGGAGGGGAAGGGGAGGGGCGCCCAGCCCAGCAGCAGCAGCAGCAGCAGCAGAAGCAGCAGAGGCAGCAUCGGAGCCCCCCCUCCCCCUCCUCCUCCUCCUCCUCCUCCUCUUCCUCCCGCUCGAUGUCGGGCUCGGGGUCCGGGCCGGGGGCGGCCCCGGGGGGGUCCUCCUCGGCGGCGGCGGCGGCCGGCGGAGAGCGAGGACGAGAGCGAGGUGCUGGAGGAGAGCCCCUGCGGGAGGUGGCAGAAGCGCAAGGAGCAGGUGAACCAGGGCAACAUGCCGGGGCUGCAGAGCACCUUCCUGGCCAUGGACACGGAGGAGGGGGUGGAGGUGGUCUGGAACGAGCUGCUCUUCACCGACAAGAAGGCCUUCAAGGCCCACGAGGAGAAGAUCAAGACCACCUUUGAGCAGCUGGUGGUGGUGGACCACCCCAACAUCGUCAAGGUGCACAAGUACUGGCUGGACGUCCAGGAGACCAAAGCCCAGGUGAUCUUCAUCACGGAGUACGUCUCCUCCGGGAGCCUCAAGCAGUUCCUGAAGAAGACCAAGAAGAACCACAAGGCCAUGAACGCCCGGGCUUGGAAGCGCUGGUGCACCCAGAUCCUCUCCGCGCUCAGCUACCUGCACUCCUGCGACCCACCCAUCAUCCACGGCAACCUCACCAGCGACACCAUCUUCAUCCAGCACAAUGGGCUCAUCAAAAUUGGGUCAGUGUGGCACCGAGUCUUUGCAAAGGCCAUCCCUCCGGAGCUCCGGAGCCCCGUCCGCACAGAGCGGGAAGAGCUGCGCAACCUGCACUUCUUUCCCCCGGAGUACGGACGAGCAGCAGACGGGACAGCCGUGGACAUCUUCUCCUUUGGGAUGUGUGCCUUGGAGAUGGCGGUCCUGGAGAUUCAGUCCAAUGGGGAUGCCUGCGUGACCAAGGAGGCCAUUGAGCAAGCCAGCUACUCCUUGGACGACCCCAACAUGCAGGAGUUUGUCCUGGGCUGCCUCCUGCUGAACCCGGAGAAGCGCCCCACGGCCCACAACCUGCUCUUCCACCGCGUCCUCUUUGAGGUCCACUCCCUGAAGCUCCUGGCCGCCCACUGUUUCAUCAGCAACCAGUACCUCUGGCCUGAGAACGUGGUGGAGGAGAAGACCAAGGAGCUGGACCUGAGCAUCGUCAUGGCUGAGAUACAGCGCCGGCAUCGCCCUCCGGUCCAGUGGAGGUACUCCGAGGUCUCCUUCCUGGAGCUGGACAAAUUCCUGGAGGACGUGAGGAACGGCAUCUACCCGCUGAUGAACUUUGCCACCAGCCGGCCCCACACUCUGCCCCGCUCUACCUCCCAGCCCUAUGAGGACCCCCAGAAGGCCAAGACCCCCACCCCGGAGCCCUUCGACGUGGAGACAAGGAAGGUGGUGCAGAUGCAAUGCAGCAUGGAAUGGAGCGAGGAGAAGAGGCAGUGGCAUCUCACACUCCUCCUGGUCCUGGAGGACAAGCUCCACCGCCAGCUCAGCUACGACCUGCUGCCCAACGACAGCCCCAGGGACCUGGCCGCAGACCUGGUGCACUACGGCUUCAUCAGCCAGGAGGACUGUGAGAAGCUGGCCCUGUUCCUGGAGAACUCCUUCCACAAGCACCAGUCUCCCCCCUCCUGAAGGAACCUGGGGCAGGCCGUGGGGAGGGGCUCCAAACUGCGGGACCUUGGGGAGACCCCAGCCGCCGCCACAGGCCCCUCCCUCCCUGCCUCCCUCCCUCCUCCUGUGCUGCCCGGAAGGUGAAGGUGCCCGGAGACUGAGAGACUGAGACGGCUCUGCGCUGGGGCCCACUGAGGAAGAUCGAUCGGUGCUGGCGGAGGGGGGAGCCACGGGCACAAGGCGGCAGGAGAGGGGCUUCUGUGGGGACGUCCCCCCCACCCCUGGACUCUCCCUUCCGAGUGGAAGGACGGAAAGGAGGGAGGAAGGGGCCAUCGUCCACGGAGGGGGUGCCCUGAUGGGAACGCAUCAUUCCCGCAGGAGAGGAGCCAGGCGGCGGAGCAAGGGGCUCAGAGGCCUGGCCCAGAAGGAGCGGGGCCCACGAGCAAGUAGGCCCUGCCCUUUGCCCCGGCUGGAUGGGGGCAGGGGGCAGGAAGUGGCUGACGGACCAACCACAACGGACUGAGCGUCCCCUCAAUGGAGCAGGAGUCGCUUCAGAAGCCGUGAUGCGCUGCCACUGCCUUGGAUGUGCUGCUUGUGUGUGGCAUGGGUGCCUGUGCAUGUACGUUUGCUGCUCUUGCUGCUGCUUGGGGGGAGGGGGGGGGCUUUGCUGCCUCUUUGAGGCCUGCGGGGUUGGCUGCUUGUCUCCUGCUGAGCUGCAGGCCUUGCUGCUUGUGCCAAAGUCCUGCUGCUGCUGCUGUGCUGUGUGUCUGAGCCUCAGUUGGCUGCCGGCAAAGAGCGACCGGUCAAACAAAUAUAUUAAAAUGUUGGGACUUGC